AAGUGAAAAUGAAGACGAUCAUAUCAGCCAGUGGCCGACGGGAAACUGUGAUGGUGAAGAGAAGCGAGUCAGCAGACGCUCAGAAGAUCGACAGCCUCAUCAGCCCCGAAGCUCAGGCCGUUUUUGGACGGGUCAAUGUCAUUCGUCUUCUAGAGAAGGCCAAUCUGGCUGUGACUCUGGCCAAUGAGAAGGACGACAUCCUGGCUCACGCCUCCUUCUUCGAUCACCCCAUUGGAGACCUGGUGGAUCAGGCUCUCUGGGAACCGUUCCUGCACAAACACUUCGGGGCUGAAACAUGCUCGCCCAGGAACACACUUUUCCUCCACUUCUAUGUGGCGCAGUCAGAUUUUGCCUCAGCAAGUGUCAAAGAGAUAAUGAGGGCUGUCUUUAACACUGUGGCUGAGCUUGAGUACAUCUGCCUGGUCAGCCCAAACGUCGGUCCUUUAGAGCCAGAACUGGAUGUGAUAUUCAAGCCGAUGCAGCGCCUGACGGACCCUGGGCCUCAGUGCUUGGCGUUGAUGACCCACAGACGAGAACACUGCCCGCGGCUUCGGAUCCGCCGAGCCAGGAUUGAAGAUCUUGAUGACAUAUCACAGAUAUUUAAAGAGCAGACAAAGCUCCCGUCUGUCCAAACCUCCGUCCUGCAGGAGGUCGUUCAGAGCCGGAAUGAGGACGAGCACGCCGCCGUUUGUGAGACCAACGGGGUCGUGGUCGGCUUCAUCAGCAUCACUGCCACCGUCGAUGCAAACUGGCUUCAGGACAACUUUGAGCUGAAGGAGUUUGAUGGUCUGUACAAAAUUAAAGAAGAACAAGCAGACGCUCCUGCUGCUCGGUCUGAUGACACAUUUUCAAAGAAAAGUGAUGCGUUCUGCGUUCGACACUUCGCAAUGGACAAAAGAUAUGAAAUGAGAUCAAUGGACUUCAUUCCGUAUGUUUUCCAACAAUUCCCUGACCUGAACUUCUGCGUCAUCACGGUUCCCUCUCCGUCCUCCGACCUCCAGCUGCUGCAGCACUUCGUCAGGGUGCGUCCCGCCAGCCCGUCGAACCGGGAGCUCUACGUCUUCCACCGGGCAGGACUCAGUGUGAGGGUGAGGCCGGCUGUGGCUGCAGACCGAACCCCCGUCUCUGCUCUGGUGAAGGACUUGAGUCUGAAGGAGUCCCUGCUGCAGGACCUGGACCGCUUCUACGCAGCCCGCAGUGACCGGGAAGCCGUGCCUCUGCAGGCCUUCGUCGCCCAUGUGGACGGGCGGGUUGUGGGGACAGUCAUCAUCAGAGACGAGCAGGACAUCGAGUACAUCCGCGCCCACUACAACAUCGAGAACUUCAUCUAUUUCAGCCACUACGGCUACGAGGAGCACGCUCAGAUGCUCCACUUCGCCCUGCAGCCCUCCCUGCAGCACCUCGCCCGCCACUUGUUUCAGGAGGUCCUCCGGCUGGCGCACAAAUCCUGCCUGUACCUCCGAGUCCGCCCCCCCGGCGGCGGCCAGCAGGAUUCCUGCAUCCACCAUCUGGCCUCUGUCCUCGACUGCGCCGUCCCCGUCCGCCCGCGACGCCAGAUCCUCUACCCGCUGGAGGAGCUUGGCAUCAACGCGCCGUCCAGGCGGCUCACGCACAACCAGGCGCCGUUCGCUCUCAGCCUCAUCAGCAGAAAGUUAACUUUGGAGCCAAAGGUCAGCGUUAAUGCCAGCAUCGUGGUGGUGGGGGCUUCAGACACGGGCUUAUCCUUCCUGGAGGCGCUUUGUUUCUGCCCUCACCUGAGGUUCAACAGCCUGACCCUCGUCUCGACUCACGGUUUCCCCGGCGACUGCCGCCACGAGGACGCCGGCUUUCUGUCCACAAGUCACGCCUACAGCAGCAGAGACCUCGCUCUCAUGCCUGUCCGCCUUCACGCCCGCGUGGUGACCGGGAAGGUUGUGGCCAUCAGGAGAAAGUCCAGAUACGUCCUGGUGUCCGGCGGGGAGAAGGUGCCGUACGACCACCUCAUCCUCUGCACCGGCCUCCAGUACAGGGCGCCUUGUCCCACUGGAGUAGACCUGAGCCAGCCAAUCACAAACAGCCAGCCGCCGGCCUCGGCGACCCGCGGCAGACACCCCGCGCCCGCGCCCUCCAACCUCUUCACCCUCAACCACCUCCAUGACUGUGUGGCUGCCCGCCGCUGGCUGUCUGCCAACUUUGUGGAGCUGGAGGAAAAUGCCAUCGUCUACGGGCGCAGCGUCGACGUCUACACCGCCGUGGAGACUUUGCUGAGUCUGGGCGUCCGUGGGUCCCGCGUCCAUCUCGUCCUGCCGCCCCCUGAGCCCGGCGCCUCCUGCCUCGCGGACUCGGCGGUGGACGGAGCCGUGACGGCGAGCCUGGAAGGCGCCGGCGUCCACGUCCACGUCAACUGCGUGCUGGCUCAGAUGAACGACGGCAGGACCUCGGACCGCGUCGCGUCGGCGUCGUUCACCACCGACGCAGAGCCUCUCCACCUGCGCUGCGGCGUUUUCCUCAACUUCUCCAACAGAGGAGUUGACUACGACAUCUUCAGGAGCAUCAGCGGGUCCUUCCUGGUCUUCGACGGCCGGCUGGUGAUCGACUCGGCUUUCCACACCAACGACUCGGCCGUCUACGGCGCCGGGCCGCUCACCAAGUUCUCCCGGCGCUACUACUCAGAGGAGUGGUCGCACGCCAACUUCAACUCCAAGGAGGUGGGUCAGGAGCUGGCCGCCUCGCUGCUGCCCCUCUUCGACCCCACGCUGGAGCCGCCGGCCGAGCUGCCGCCUGGAACUGACCGGCUGGUGCCCAAGUACAGGCAGGCCACCGUGCAAGGCGGUAAGCUUCCCGGAGGGUUUAACUACCUGCAUGUCACCAAACCAGUGGAGACCAGCCUGACCUCCCGUCCUGUCAAACGCAAACAGGACGGCGGAAUCGUGACCGGACGAGUGGAGGCGGGGAACUACUUCCGUCUGGAGCUGGACGAGCACGGGAUGGUGGAGACGCUCACCUGCUUCUCCCUGAAGCCCAUCCCCGUCUCCAACUACCUGAGUCUGUACGGGAAGCACCAGGCGCUGCUGGGCCAGCUGCUGAGACGGUACCAGCAGGGCCAGAUCCAGGACCUGUACAGUUUCUUCUCACAGAGCAGCUGUUUGGCCGUUUUCCACGACAGAUUCUCCGACCUGGAGGAGGAGCUGAAACAGAUCAUCUCCACCAAGCUGCAGUUCUUCACCGCCGUCUCCCUGCAGCUGACGGCCGAGGACGGCGCCGCAGACGUCGUCCCUCCAGACGCCCUGGACGACCAGGAGACCCGAGCGGCUCUGAGGACCAACGCCGUCAAGUACCUGAUCUACAACCGGAACCUGCUGCCCAUGUUCGCCUGUCCGGGAGAGCUGUGA